GCCGGCCGCGCGUGCAGUGUGAGGCGUGACGGCGCGUGGACAGUCCGCGAGCGGCGCCAUGUACAGCCCCAGUGACAAGAUGAUGGGCAUGAAGCCGCUGCCGCAGGCACCGUGCUUCCCGGGCCGGUACUCGCCGCCGGCCACCUACAGACCCGUCGACCCCAUGCGACGCUGCGUCAACUCGACGGGCAACCUGUUUGGCGGGCUGGACGACAACCUACUGAGCCGCGCCGAGGCGCUGGCCGACAUGGGCCGUCACGGCGCGCCGCCGCCCUCCAGCCUGCCGCAGCUGCGGCCGGACAUGGUGUACGGCCACCCGCACCCGGCCAUGAGCUCGCCGCACACGCCGCCGGGCGCGCGGCCGCACCAGAUGUGGGACAUGAUGUACAUGGGCGCGCCGCGCGCCGCGCCCGUCCCCUCCGCCAAGCCGCAGCAGGUGGGCGAGCCCCCGCGCGACCGCUGGAUGUGUCCGCCUUACUCGGAGGGCCUGGAGAUGAUGGACCACCUGAGUGGCGCCACGGCCACGUCCAUGCCGGGCCUCGGCGGCAUGGCCGACAACUCGCACCACCCGGCGCCGCUGCACCCGCCCGUCUACUCGCACCCCAUCAACACCAUGAUGACGCACCACCAGGUGGGCCUGCACGAUGCCGACACGGAUCCGCGCGAGCUCGAGGCCUUCUCGGAGCGCUUCAAGCAGCGGCGCAUCAAGCUGGGCGUGACGCAGGCGGACGUGGGCCGCGCGCUGGCCAACCUCAAGCUGCCCGGUGUCGGCGCGCUCUCCCAGUCGACCAUCUGCCGCUUCGAGUCGCUCACGCUCAGCCACAACAACAUGAUCGCGCUGAAGCCGGUGCUGCAAGCCUGGCUGGAGGAGGCCGAGGCACAGGCGCGUAACAAGCGGCGCGACCCCGAGGCACCGUCCGUACUGCCCAGCGCCGAGAAGAAGCGGAAGAGGACGUCGAUCGCGGCGCCCGAGAAGCGCUCGCUGGAGGCCUACUUCAGCGUGCAGCCGCGCCCCUCCGGCGAGAAGAUCGCCGCUAUCGCCGAGAAGCUCGACCUCAAGAAGAACGUGGUGCGCGUGUGGUUCUGCAACCAGCGCCAGAAGCAGAAGCGCAUGAAGUUCGCCGCGCAGCACCACUGACAAACAAUGAAAGCCGAGCCGGACUCGCUUGGCUUUCAAGGAUACGCCUGAGGACUGCAGUCGACCGGGGCUGGCACGCCUGAGGACUGCAGCCGACCGGGGCUGGCACGCCUGAGGACUGCAGCCGACCGGCGCUGGCACGCCUGAGGACUUCAGCCGGCCGGGGCUGGCACGCCUGAGGACUGUAGCCGACCGGGACUGGCACGCCCGAGAACCGCAGCGAACCGGAGCGACCUAGGCGGAGGGCGCGGUCGCCGCGGUGCCCGGCCGGCGCCCAAUCCGAUCCGAGACGGGCGCCCGAAGCCGCCGGCGGGCGGAACGACGUCUUUUAUAUCUGUGAACUGUGCAAUAGUCGGCUCCGCCGAGCGCUAGUCAGUCGGCGGCCGGUCGUUGGCACGCAGGGACGCCACAUCGCACGUGCAGGCCAGAGCGGGCGCCCGCCACCGGCGGUCUGUCUGCCGUUCGCGACUGAGACGGCGAUCUGGCUGACCGCUCCACCCGGUGGGGAAGGAUGAGCGGUAGGCAGGAGGCGAAUCGGGCGAAAGGCUUGUGUUUCAGCACGUCUAGUGGCUCAAGCGUGUGUCUUUUUCAGCUGAUUUCCGCUAACCACGUAUCUGUUUCCCUAUAAAUUCUGUCGUCUAUCGAACCACGUCACCGUCCCUCACAGUCUGUCGUACCGAUCGCACUUCCUGCCCCUGAAGGUUUGUAAAGCGUAAAUAACCAAAGCAGCUGACGCGUCUUUAAAACUCAAUAACUCAACGCGUAAUAGCACGAGUGACAUCAUUGCUCAAUGGUUAUUACGUCAUGAACUUAAGUUUAAUGCCUAGAGCAGUAAACGUUUAUAAUCGCGUGAACCCGCGAUAGCUUGAUGUGGCAACUUCAUUGGCAAUGCUAAAAGUGCACCCGUUCCCUGUAUAGAUCGGGAAUUUUUCAUAUGUUUUACAUGCUACUUUGCAUGUUCAUAUCCACUGUAUAUUUAAACUAACAUUUUGACAAUUGGUGGGUGGUGCUCUAAAGCAAUAUACUGUCGGUAUUGUGGCAAAAACCGAUUAUGGUUUGCCCGGUGCAGGCAGGCACUGAAUGUCUUUCUCCUUUUAUUUUUAUGAGAAACUACGUAAUGCUUGUUCUAAAUUGAUAAUCACGCAUAAAAAACGAAAGCAUGGCAGAUUGAUCAAAAUUCUGUUCCAUGAAAAGAAAUCAUUCCUGAGUUUACCUUACCUAGAACCAGCUUGAGUGAAUUAAGCUUAUGUUGGCUGUCGGUAGGGAUCACGCUGGAUUGUGCAUACAACCAUGAUGUUUCCAAAAUACUCAGCUGAAUACGGCGGGAUUGAGACCAGGUGAAACAAACAUGGACAUUAUUUAAUAUGUGGCAAUGGUGUACCAAAAGUGUACCCGUGUUCACAUGAUUGCUACAAGCAUGUGUUUUUCCUUGGCCUGAGCGUGCUUCUUUGCCCCAGCUUGCAUGCAACACCCGUGUGUACCUGAAUUAUUGCUAGUCAUAUAUACGUGACCUUCCAGACACAUAUCACUCGAUGCGUUUGCACGUGGCAGACGUUAAAAUGGGACGUUUGGAUGAGAUAGUGUUUGUCUGCUCGUGUUCAUCGCAAAUAGCAACUGGUCGAUAUCUAAAUGUGAUAUUUGAUUGUCUUCGUUGACUCUAUAAACUGUAUUGCAUAUUUGAGUUUCAAAUAAUCGGUACAAUUAUGCUUUGCUUUUUUGUCUUAUGGCAAUACCAUGGCUGACCUUUUCAGGUGGAAUGGGUGCCAUAAGAUGGAAAUAUUUGUCCGCCUGACGACUUUGUCUUAAAAUAGAUCGUGAGGCACCCAUACUUACUGCGCUACAGCACCCUGGUCACUCGUAUUCAGGGCGCUAUAGUAGCCUGGCUACUCGCAUUCACUGCGCUGCAGUAGCCUGGUUACUUGUAUUCACUGCGCUGCAGUAGCCUGGUUACCGGAUAGCGGUUCGUCGACGCAGAUGCAUCUUCAUUGGUCCGCGAACAAACCUGUCCCAUAAAAUA